AUGGCCUCCUCGGCUCCGCUGGAGACGGUCAUGCCUCCCGCCUGCGUCCGCAACGGCGCGGCCAACCCGGCCAAGACGCUCGCCUUCUCCAUAGAGAGAAUCAUGGCCAAGAGCUCCGAACCGCACCAGCCGCAGCAGCAGCAGCACCACAAACCCGCCGCCGCCUUCGAGGCGCGUCGCAGCGAGUCUCCGGGCAAGAAGCUGCUGAGCCUCUGCUCGCCCAUCCCGUGCGUGAUCGCGCCCAUGCAGCCUCUGCCCGGGUACGAGGCGCCCUCGCCCAAGGCGCUGCUCAACUACUCCGAGCUGUGGAAAAGUAGCUUGAGGAACUGCGGCUCUGCUCUGGCGGGUGGCGCAGCUUCGACGGUCGGCGGCUUCUGCAAAGGCGGCUGCGGCUUGUGCUGCAAGGGGGACCUCCAUCAUCACCAUCACCACCACCACCAUCACAACAGCAGCAGCAGCCCCCUGGGCCAGGCCUCCUUGCCCGCCACGACGCGCGUGAUCAAGCCGCAGGUGAUCAACCAGGCGCUGGCCAUGCCGGCCAACGGAUCUAGCCUCUACUACUUCAACUACCUGGAUUCCUCGCCGUACCACCCGUCGGAGAUCCUCCACGGGCAGCUCUUCACUUCCAGCUUGCUCCAUUCCCAAAGCCCCGCCGCCGCGGCCGCUGCAGCCGCGGCCGCAGCCGCGGCCGCCCUCUCGGCUCACCAGAAACUCUUCCUGUUGGAUAACGCCAAGCUGGCUUCCUUGGCCCCGUCGGAGAAGUUCCCCAACGCGCAAUACCCGCACAAGGAGCGCCUCCCCGGGCAGCUGGACCAAGUGAUGAAGGAGAACACGGGCCUGGCCGGGGAAAGGAACGGCGCCAAAGGACAUCACCACGGCAAACCCGGCGGCGGCGGCGGCGUCGCAGGCGCUGGAGGGGGCGGUGCGGCCGACGGGAAGCCCAAGAACUUUACCUGCGAGGUGUGCGGCAAGGUAUGCAGGAGCAGGGUCUCGCGCUAGGGGGCGCGCUCUUAGCUCUAGAACCGUGGGGGCAGCCGGGACAGGGCUGCGCCCGCCGUAAAAACGCGCUCCGGCUCUUUGCGCGCGCCAGGAGGGAGCCCUCAUUCCUAGAACGCUUCUUUCAGCUCACUCUAAUAAUAAUAUUUUUUCUUUUAAAAAGUUCAGCGCAUUUUAAUAAUCUUGAAAGGGAGGGGUUAGCUCCUUCCCAAUUGCUCCCAGACACUUCAUAAUCACCAUUACAGAACUAGGCUACUGUGAUUAAGUUUAUCAAAGCCACACAGAGAGGGGGGGUGGGAUCCGGUAAAUCUGUGGCAGAGCUGAGAACGGAAACGGGUCUCCUGGUUCAUAGCGGAUGUACGAUGUGUAAAAACCACCUGCGGAAGAGAGCUAUAGUGUCGCUACGGUGCCCCGUGCAUCGCCUAUCACUGGUGCUCCUGGCGCGGUUUAACAAUAGCACUAAAUGAAUCGCUCGAGAGUUUUGUUCCCAUUUUACAGAUUUUGGGUACGUGUGUUUGCGCGGUGGCGCCGAGGCUGAGCGGUAGGUAGUCAGGAUCCAAUGGGUUCACCCAGGCAGCCGCAGAACUAUAGUUUAACCAAGGGUCGUUUAAACUGUGUGUGUGUGUGUGUGUGUUUGUAGAGAGAGAUAUUCAGAACGAAAGUCUUUCUCCUCGUCCCCUUUGGAUCCGUGUUUUGGCCACUCCGGAUGAAGGGCGCAAAGGCGAGGAGGUAAGCUCUCCUGUGGCUGACAAAAGUUGCCUGUGCUUUUUGUUCCCUCGUAGGUGUUCAACGCCCAUUAUAACCUCACCCGCCACAUGCCGGUGCACACGGGAGCCCGUCCCUUCGUGUGCAAAGUCUGCGGGAAGGGCUUCCGCCAAGCCAGCACUCUCUGCAGACACAAAAUCAUCCACACGCAGGUACGGGGGCAGGGGGAAAGACCUGAGGGUCAGAUCUGUGUGUUUAUGCGCGCGGCACCAAAAUAAAAUUUUAUUUCUUUUUUAAAAAAACAACCACCCGCGAUUCUUUCUCUCUUUUAAAAUGUCCUCUCCCCGGCCCAACAGGAAAAACCCCACAAGUGCAACCAGUGCGGGAAAGCGUUCAACAGAAGUUCCACGCUAAACACUCACAUUAGGAUCCACGCUGGCUACAAACCUUUUGUGUGCGAAUUUUGUGGCAAAGGAUUUCAUCAAAAAGGUAUCUGGGAUAAAAAACGGUGGCUUUUGUUUCUGGCUUUUCUGCUGGUGGCGGGAGGGGGUGGGGGAGAGGGGGGGGAGAAGUUGUGUGCAUAUGAAAAUUAUUAAUGAUUGCUAAAAAUAAAUAAUGAAAAAGCAGGGGUAGAAGGCUACUUUUGUUUCCGGAUGAGGAACCUGGUUUCGUUAUUAUUCGAAGUAUAAUGUUAUUUCGAAUUAAGGAGGAAAAUGUUUUUUUUUUAUUUGGAAGCACAAUUUGGAAACAACACGUGUGGUGGUGGAUAGACGAAAUAUAAGAAUUACCCGCCGGUUUCAAGGCGUCUGGUCAAUUUCUGCUCCCCGCGGAGCACGAGGCUCCAGACAGAACGUUGCGAAGGUUCCAAACAGAAAGUUGUGAAGGUUCCAAGUGGAAUCUUGCGGUUCUCUCGCGUUCCAAAAUAAAAUAAAAGAAAAAGUAACCGCCGUAUUUAUCGUAUUUAGAGGCGGCUGCUAGGAGAUGACCCCUUCCCUCCCUCCCUUAAACGUCCUUAGGGGGCUUUGCCCUGGGGCUGCCGCGAAAGACUAGCUCAAACCCGUCACUUGUUAUUAACAGCGAUUAAAAUGAAUUCAGCCCACUUAGGGCGCGAUUCAGCCGAAACGAAAGCACUUUAAACGAAAACUCCCUUGAUUUCUAACUGGAGAGCUCUGUUCACGGUCUACUUUUGGAAAUCCACGGCGCUUUAAAGCGCUUAACUUGGGCUGGGCAGGUGGGCCUUUGCCCUUGAGGUGGGGGACACGGUAUUUUCUCAAAUAAAGUUUCGGAAGAGCCUAGGCCGAUUCUCCCCUGCCUGGAUUCAGGCUAGAAAAUUCCAACUUUAAAUUAGAACCGGCCUUCUACCCCCUUACCCUCUUUUUUUUUUUGGUGGUGGUGGGGGUUUCUUAAUCCAGGUUCUCCCAUUUGCUCCGGGUCAGGACGCUGACCCUGCCUCUAAUUUUUUAAUUCGUCCGUUGCAUGCUGCUCUGCCUUGACGGAGACUGAGUUUGACAACUUCUUGACUGCCCCUUGCAGGACGCUUCCUAAUGAAGCCCCGCCGCAGAAACUCUUGUUGCUCCAGUGAGGGGGGGGGUGUAUCUGGAGAGAGAGAAAAUGUGUGUGUGUGUGCCUGCGUGCCUGCGUGUUGAUGGCAGGGAACGAUCCCCCUUGAAACUAACGUGCUCCCCUCCCCAAUCCCCUACUUUUCUUCUCCUCCUUCUCUCCCAAACAGGCAAUUAUAAAAACCACAAACUGACCCAUAGCGGCGAGAAGCAGUACAAGUGCACCAUCUGCAACAAAGCUUUCCACCAGAUCUACAACCUGACCUUCCACAUGCACACGCACAACGACAAGAAGCCUUUCACCUGCGUCACCUGCGGCAAGGGCUUCUGCAGGAACUUUGACUUGAAGAAGCACGUGAGGAAACUGCACGACACCGCCGCCGCCGCCGCUGCCGCCGCCGCUACAGCCGCGCCUUGCGGGAAAGAACUUCCUAGGACCGUGCAAAGCUAA